AUGUGAUUUCUUGGAGCUGUUGAUUUCAUGUCCUUCAGAUGGGAGCCGCCAUCGCCAAACUCCUUCUCCCAACUCUCAGCAGCCUGGUCUUCCUGCCGACCAUCACCAUCGCGGCCCGGCGGGGCUUCCACAUGGAGGCCAUGGUCUACUUCUUCACCAUGUUCUUCAUAGCGUUUUUCCAUGCAUGUGAGGGACCGGGGUUCUCCGUGCUCUGUAUCAUGAGAUACGAGAUCCUGGAAUAUUUCAGCGUUUACGGCACUGCCCUGUCCAUGUGGGUCACCUUAAUAGCUUUAGCAGAAUUUGAGGAGCCCAGACGGUCAACGCUGGUUAUGUUUGGAAUUCUGACACUGAAUGUGCGGAUUUAUCAAAACCGAUGGGGCUACGGAGUUUACUCGGGUCCGAUUGGAACAGCUGUCUUCAUGAUCACAGUGAAGUUUCUAAAGAAGAUGAAAGAAAAGAGAGGGCUGUACCCGGAUAAGAGUGUGUACACACAGCAGAUUGGACCUGGCUGCUGCUUUGGGGCGCUGGCUCUAAUGCUGCGUUUCUUCUUCCAGGAAUGGGAUUACAGCUACGUGCACAGCUUCUACCACUGCAGCCUGGCCGCCUCCUUCAUCCUGCUGCUGCCGAAAACUAACUCCCAGGGCACAGGCGGAGGCAACCCGAUGAAGCUCAGCUGCUGCACCCUCUGCUGCUGCGCCUGAACGCUUUGGCUGCGGCUUUCCCCGCGUCAGCAUCGCGUGGUGUUCUACAGCUGCGUCAGCCGCGUGACCAUUCCUCCGCGCAGCACGAACAAUCCUUACGUUUGGUAUCCUGCGCUUUUCAAAGCUCUCUCAGAGCUGUGUAUUUGUAGGCGAACGCGGCAGCCAGUUUGCGUACAGCGUUGCCCCACAAUCAGCCGUGAAAUGAACGGGAGAGAGAGAAACUUGCUUCUCUUUUUGAGCAGCGCAACGGGAUGCUUAACGUCCACUUGAACAUCCGAAGGCUGGCAUCUUCAAUGGUGCAACAUCCUUCCCCGCCCCCCCCCCACUACUACCACCACCACCAGGGAUGCAUUGUAGCGUCAACCUAGGCUGUGUAUGUUAUAUAGUGCCCCUCAUGCUGGGAAGCGCUCUGGGACGCUAUAUAAAUGCAAGGUGUUCAAAGUCCUGACGUUGGGUUUGAAUACACAAUCGUCUGUCUCGGAGGCGAAAGUGCUACCCACUGUGCCAGGCACCAUGACGCAGUUGGGGUCUAAUUUCCGAUAUUCACAAACUCGGCAAACCCGCCACCGGUUAAGGCGGCGAAAUUCCAAGCAGGCAAAUGUGGGCAUUGAGCGCCGUGGGCGACGAGCAAAUCCCAGGCCACUGGCUCCACUAGGUCCUGCGUCAGCGGCGUUUACAGUCCCCUCGGUAUUUCAAGCGCUCCGGGACCCUACCCCACGCAAAAGGCGCUAUUUAAAUCCAAGUUGUUGUUGUGGUUGUAUUCUCACCAUUCGGUGUGUAACAGACAGAGCAGGCAUUCCGUCAACUGUAUAAUAUACUGAGUGACAUGUUGUGAUGAUUUCCAGAUUAUAAUAUUGUUGUGGUCCCAAGUGUAUAAA